AUGCCUUAUGAGUUCCUCGUCUGGCUGCUGGCCGUCUUGAUCCAGGCCGCGGUGUUGGCCAUCAACAUGCACAUCACUCUCCAGUUCACGGACUUAGAGAACGACAACACUAAUCCACACGACGCCGCCUCGGCCAUCAACAGCGUAGUGCUGUGGGAGUAUGGCCUGGAGGGCUUCCUGGCGAUCUGGCUGAUCUUGAAUGGAAAGUGGUUUAGCGCCUUGCUUCCCCUCGCCAUCCUGGCCUUCCACAUCCAGCAGGCGCGGUGGAUCUUGGCUUGGGGGUGGCGCUUCGGCCGCCAGUACAUUGAUGUGACCGAGAUCUACCGCCAGGUGAAGCCGCGCCGGCAGCAGGCGGUGACCAAGCUUAUCGUCUACCUCUUCCUCUUCGCCUGGAUCCUGUACAGCUUCAUCUACGUGAUGCUGCACUCCCUGCUGACCCCCGCGGGCAAGGUGGCGGCCCGGGAGAUCCUGCAGGAGGCGGCCGCAACGUUGCACUGA